GCUUUUCGCGUCGGGAAGGAGGAGUUCCAGCCUGGUUUUGACUGAUUGACUGACUUUUGCCGAGUUUCUUGAAAAGAAGUCUCGCAGGCAACUCGCCAUUCGGAGCCCAAGGAGUCGAGUCCCAAAUACGAGAAGGCGAGAAAGUAAGUUGUGGAGACGGACUUACCGCAGCCAAGCCGACGCCGUGGACAGACUCACGGGAAGGGCAGACGGCGGGACGGAGCUCGUACGUUACUGAUAUGACCGCUGCCGCGGGGCGAGGUCUUAUAUAUCAUGAGGAGAGCAGAUCAGAACGGGCCGCUGGGGAAUCUUGCUCGAGACCGUGCUCGCUGUGAAGCCGAGCCGAGAACAUUUGCAAUCAUCCCAUCGGUGCGUCUCACGCCAGCUCGCUGCCUGAUGCAAUCGCGCUACACGAGAUUCGGCUGUCAGUCUUCUUUCUCUCUCUCUUCAUUGGUGAGCAUGCGAACGAGGGUUCAGGCAAAGGGGGCCAGUUUCUCAUGAAUGUGUCGCAUCGCGAGAAGUAUAAGGCUUUCGUUCUUGAAUUGCUACCUACCCGGGCCUUGUUCUCUUCGGUGUGUACCUGGGAUUUAAUGCUUCAUUUCAAUCACUGAAAAACGAGUGAUUGCGCCGGCCUUGGUCGCGUAUAUGAUCUGGUGCUAGCACUCUGCACUUGUCUCAGCAAGCAAUGGCGCCGAGGCUGGACCUCGACGGACGGUGCAUCCAACCUCUAAAGAUUUGCAUCAUAGGCGCUGGUGGUUUUAUAGGAUCCCACCUGUGUGAGGCUCUCUUGUGGAACACGGAACAUAGUAUUAUCGCUGUGGAUAUCUUUUGUGACAAGAUUCAACAUCUCCUGAGCCCGGGCGAAGAAUGGAGCAAUCGCAUUGAUUUCUUCAUGAUCAAUAUCAAGCAUGAUCCUCAGACUGAAAAGUUGAUCAAGAUAUCUGAUGUGGUAAUCAAUUUGGCCGCCAUCUGCACACCGGCAGACUACAACACACGUCCUCUAGAUACAAUAUACAGUAACUUCAUUGACGCUUUGCCGGUGGUACGGUUCUGUAGAGAUUACAAAAAACGACUGAUUCACUUCUCGACUUGCGAAGUAUAUGGGAAGACGAUAGGUAGCUUCCUUCCAAAGAAUGAUCCUCUUCGUCAGCAUCCAAACUUUUACGUUUUGAAGGAGGAUGAGUCUCCUUGCAUUUUUGGUUCCAUCGAUAAGCAGAGAUGGUCAUAUGGUUGCGCAAAGCAAUUGUUGGAACGACUCGUAUAUGCGGAAGGAGCUGAAAACGAUUUAAAAUUUACUAUCGUCAGGCCAUUUAAUUGGAUUGGACCUCGCAUGGAUUUUAUCCCUGGAGUUGAUGGACCUAGUCACGCAGUGCCGAGAGUUCUUGCGUGCUUUAGUAUGGCGUUAAUGAAGGAAGAACCUCUGAAGCUCGUUGACGGCGGAAAGGCGCAGCGCACAUUUUGUUAUAUCAAGGAUGCAAUUGACGCAGUUCUUCGUAUUAUUGAAAACCCCGACAGAGCCAACAUGCGAAUAUUCAAUGUCGGCAAUCCCAUGAAUGAAGCAAGUGUGAAAGAGCUUGCCGAGAUCAUGACAGACGUGUAUUGCAAGAUCAGCGGAAAAAGCAAGCCGAACAUGACUACUGUUGACAUAUCAUCCAAGGAGUUUUACGGUGAAGGUUAUGAAGACAGCGAUAGGCGAAUUCCAGAUAUGAAACUGGUGACCACUGAACUGGAGUGGCAACCUACUACUUCUCUGCACGAUCUUUUGGAGUUCACUCUUGUGUAUCAACACAAGACAUAUUCGCAGGCAGUACGAGAAUGUAUCUCCAAGAAACUUUCAACAAGUGACUUGUAAGCGCAAUUGUGGAUGGUGCAAUCCUCGCAUCGCAUUACCUCUCCAUUGAUUUUUCAACUCUGAAGAGAGACAUGUUAUCAUGCCAUUGUUAAGAUACUUAACACUCGAAAUUCUUAUUACUUGAUAUACUAGAGCUCAAUGAUGAAACCUGUGUAUUAUGCUCUGCAAAGUUGGUUUGAAAGUCCUGAUUUCUUCGUCGGUCUUUGAUGCACUAUCCACCUUUUGACACUAUGCCGAUAACUGAUUUAAUAAAAUUG